GCCACAGUAUCGAGUGUCACUUUCUCAAUCAAAAGGUUUCUCUCUCUUCUCCUCUUUCUCUCCUGCGCGAAACAAAAGAGAAAAUUAGAAGAGAGAGAGAGACACACAGAGUUUAGGUUUGCUAUGUAAAUCUUUCUCUCUCUCUGCACUACCAGAGUUUUGUUCCUCUUUUUCUCUCACACCCACCACUUCGAGAAAGAAAAACCCAAAUGCCCCUAAUUUAGAUCUGGUCCUUUUUAAGCUCCAAAUUCGUUACCCCUUUUUCCAAAGAUUGUUUCUUUUUCUUAGUUUUUAGAUUCCCCUUGUUCUCUAAUCACUUCCUCGCAAUCGUUUCUUUAUCACUCUGUUGCGAUUUCCAUGUUUAGUAUCUGCAUUUGAUAGCCCCCGAUGCUGCAUGCAAUUCCCAAGACUCUCUCAGAUUGCUAUAACGCGGUGAUUUCUUCUCAGCUAUUUCUUUCCAAUUUAGUAUCUGGGUUUUAUUGUUUCUCUGCUGCAUGUUUGGCGACUCCACCUGAGGAAAAAGGGUUACUUUUGCAUUGGAUUUAGGCUCUAUUUGAUGAAUUCGUCGUGGUCUAGCCAUUUAUCAAAUUGAGCAUCACUCGGUUGGUGUUGAGAUUAGGGUUUCUGAUUUGUAGCCUCAGGAUUGUUUAAUCUGUCUGUGUUGGGUUUUUCUUCAUUUCGUACAAAGCUUAUGGAUUCUCAGAGGGGUAUUGUUGAAGAACCUAAAUCUCAGUCCUUGAAUAGGCAAGGCUCUCUCUAUAGCUUAACACUCGAUGAGGUCCAAAACCACUUGGGGAGUUCUGGUAAAGCACUUGGAAGCAUGAACCUUGACGAGCUACUCAAAAGUGUCUGUUCUGUUGAAGGUAAUCAGCCAUCGUCCAUGACUGUCAAUGGUGCUGCAGCUGCUCAGGAAGGUCUUUCUCGACAAGGAAGUUUGACUUUGCCACGGGAUCUAAGCAAAAAGACUGUUGAUGAAGUCUGGAAAGAUAUUCAGCAGAACAAAAAUGGAGGUAAUGCUCAUGAGAGGAGAGAUAAGCAGCCUACGCUCGGCGAAAUGACUCUUGAAGACUUGUUGUUGAAAGCUGGAGUUGUGACUGAGACAAUCCCUGGUUCGAACCAAGACGGUCCUGGUGGUGGUCCAGGUUGUGGUCCAGGUGGUGUUAGUGCUGGUUCAGGUGCUGGUUUAGGGCAAAACAUAACUCAGGUCGGCCCAUGGGUUCAGUAUCAUCAGCUCCCAUCAAUGCCACAGCCUCAAGCAUUCAUGCCAUAUCCGGUUUCAGAUAUGCAAGCAAUGGUGUCUCAGUCUUCUUUGAUGGGUGGUUUGUCAGAUACACAAACUCCAGGAAGGAAGAGGGUAGCUUCAGGAGAAGUUGUAGAGAAGACUGUAGAGAGGAGGCAGAAGCGAAUGAUAAAGAAUAGAGAGUCUGCAGCUCGUUCACGAGCUAGGAAACAGGCUUACACUCAUGAGCUAGAGAUCAAAGUUUCCCGGUUAGAAGAAGAAAACGAGAGACUGAGGAGGCAAAAGGAGGUAGAGAAGAUCCUCCCUAGCGCACCACCGCCUGAUCCCAAGCGGCAGCUCAGGCGAACAAGCUCGGCUCCUUUCUGAUCUCAAAAGCCUUUUUCUUUUUUUCCCUUCUGUGUCGGUUUGCUUAUAAAAAAAAAAGAGAGAGGAAAACUGCUUUGUUUCUUUGUACAUUCCGUAGACUGUCUUGACUUGGAGCAAUUCUGUUAACUUUCUUUAAAACUUUCGGAGUUAUUUUAGUAACAGCAGAAUCGUUUUCUUGAGUUGAUAAUUUAGAGGUCGAACAGAAGAUGAAAGCUUGAGUUUUUAA